CCGGAUAUGGAUUUUCAUGAACGGGAAAGUCGGAAAGAUGACAGAAGUCGUACGAGGAAACGAUCACCAUCGAGCAGCCCGCGCCGCCCAACAGAAAGUCACAAAUCCAAACAAUCACAGAAAGUCAGGGAUGAAGGAAGGUCUAGUGAAGGAAGGUCUAAUGAAGGAAGGUCUAAUGAAGGAAGGUCUAAUGAAGGAAGGUCUAAUGAAGGAAGGUCUAGUGAAGGAAGGUCUAAUGAAGGAAGGUCUAAUGAAGGAAGGUCUAGUGAAGGAAGGUCUAAUGAAGGAAGGUCUAGUGAAGGAAGGUCUAAUGAAGGAAGGUCUAAUGAAGGAAGGUCUAGUGAAGGAAGGUCUAAUGAAGGAAGGUCUAAUGAAGGAAGGUCUAAUGAGUGGAAACGGGGAGACAAACGUCGUAGUCGAAGUCGUAGUAGAGAAAGGGAGGGAAGUAGAAGAGAGACGAAAGACAGGAAGAGGGGAAGGAGAGAGAGGACAAGAUCACGGUCGCGGGAUAGAGAAAAACGUGAGGAGAAGGAGGAAGAACAAAAGUUUAGAACAAAAGAUGACGACACGGACGAUGAACCACCAGAGAACAUGGACAAGCCGGACUAUGGCCUGUCUGGCAAGCUGACAGCAGACACCAACACAUACAGGGGUGUCGUAAUCAAAUACAAUGAGCCUCCCGAGGCAAGGGUUCCAAAGCGACGUUGGCGUUUGUAUCCAUUCAAAGGAGACCAAUCUCUAGAUGUAUUAUAUAUUCAUAGGCAGAGUGCGUAUCUGGUCGGUCGUGAACGGAAGAUUGCUGACAUUCCUUUACUUCAUCCGUCGAUAUCGAAGCAGCAUGCCGUCUUACAAUACAGACUUGUGAAUCAUGAGAGAGAGGACGGUGUGGUAGUCAAACGUGUCAAACCAUACGUCAUUGACUUAGAGUCAACUAAUGGAACAUUCGUCAACAACAAUCGAAUAGAAGCAUCAAGAUACACCGAACUCAUGGAGAAGGAUAUGAUAAAGUUUGGUUUUAGUACAAGAGAAUACAUUCUUCUACACGAACAUUCACGAGAGAGCGAAGAGGAAGAAGAACGCGAAGAUGUCACAUAAUGGACAAACAUUAACCAUCAGUGAUUUGUGACAUUUAGUCACGUGACAAUUUUUUAGCCGCGUAGUCACACCAUUUCCCGCUUGUUAUUCAUUCAUUAUGCAUACAAAAAAAAGAUAUGCAAAAAAUAUGUCGAACUUUCCAUGUAAAUAACAAAUCACUUUCUCUGCUAAAUUUUUAUUUUGUGUAUUCCUGUU